AUGGCAGCCACGCCGCCCAAGAGGGAGCCGCUGGCCCCCCUCAGCUGCAACGCGGCCGCAGACACGCCUGCGGCCACCGCCGGCGCGCGGCCACGCGCGCCGGCGGUCUCCGCCGAGAAGGAGAACCUGGGCACGGCCAAUCUCGGCCCCGGCAAGGAGGAGAAGAGGGCGACGACGCCUGCUGCCGCGAAGGCGGCGCCGCUGAAGCCGUCGUCGCUGCAGGCCCGCAUGGAGGGCGAGGAGGCGCCGUCGGCGACCGCGACCGCGACGGCGGCGGGGCUGCCCGUGUUCGUCGGGCCGAGGGGGAGGGAGCUGCUGCCGCCGCCACCACCGCCGGCGUCGUCGUCCUACGAGGCGUGGGACCUCUCCGACAACGAGGCGGCGCCGGCCGCGUCCUGGGCCACGCUGCCCAACAGGGCGCUGCUGUGCCGCCCGCUGCCGAUCGACGUCGGGAGGUGCACCUGCGUCGUCGUCAGGGAGAAGGCCACCGGGGCCAGAGGCGUGGCGCUCUACUCGCUCUACACCAACGAGGGGCAGGGGCGGCAGGACCGGAAGCUGGCGGUGGCCCGGCACCGGAGGAGGAGAGGGAGGUCGGAGUUCAUCGUGGCGCAGAACCAGGACGGCGUCUUCUGCAGCUCCGACAAGAACUUCCUCGGGACUAUGGGUGCCAAUCUUGUUGGAUCCAAGUACCAGAUUUGGGGCCAGGGGGACCGGGUCGAUGAGCUUAAGAGCCAGUCCAAGCGGCUUCUUGGCGUUAUCGCGUUUGCCCCUACUAUUACUACGCUCACGGGGAGUUUCAGAAGCAUGAGGGCAUGGAUCCCCAAGAACCAGUCCAUGCAGCUGAGGACCAACAGUUCUGCUCAGAUUCAGCACGUCAGUGGGCUUCCAAAGGAUUGGCAGGAGAAGAGGAGCAGAGCUGAGCAACUCUGCUCAAGAUCACCUUUCUACAACAAUAUGACGAAGCGCUACGAACUAGAUUUCAGAGAGAGGGUUGGGAGGAUGGGAUACAAGGUGCAGACAUCAGUGAAGAACUUCCAGAUGACUUUGGAGGAGAACGGGAGGCAGACGAUCUUGCAGCUCGGUAGGGUCGGGAAGUCCAAGUACAUAAUGGAUUUCAGAUACCCCUUGACUGGCUACCAAGCAUUCUGCAUUUGCUUGGCGUCGAUGGACUCCAAGCUGUGCUGCACGCUGUGA